GUUCUAGACAGACAUCUUGACAUCGGACGGCACUGCAUCUUAUUGUUAGCUCUUCACGUAGUAGGCAAGGAUAGAACACAGGAUUGCUCACCGAUUACACACCCAUAUAACUCCAAUGACGCCCAUAUAUGGACCACAAAAGAUCCUGAUUUGGAAUUGGUCGAGCCCAGGAUCUUGGUUUCAAUUAAUCGGAAUUAUCUUGUCUACGGAAGAAAAUUCGGUCGACCACCCCAAACUCAUAAAAUAAUUCUUGUUAAUCAUGGAGAAAAUCCAGUAGCGUUCAAGGUGUUAACGACCGAUAACUAUGCUUAUUUCGUUAACCAGGUGUUCGGUGUGAUUCCCGGACGACACCUCCAUGCAAUACCUCACCUUCGUGCCCCGAAUCAGUUCACUUUACAAGUGUUCCGAAGGCCCUAUGAUUGCUUCUGUGACGAACAACACUUACGAAAUCAGCUCACAAUUUUCAGGCCAAGGAAAGACAAACUGUUCAUACUGCUGGCUCCAGUCUUUUCGUUCAGUAUUCCACCUGCUUCUGUUUUUCAUCAUGAGGGUGCCUAUGAGAAGCUGCGAAUCUGUCUCGAAUACACCGGCAUGCCAGUUGAUCCCGACAAAGGUAUCUUGCCUGCGAGUUCUCAAAGUUUCUGGACCAAAGCUUCCAAAACCUUGCUUGAGCGCUCCAGGUCCAAGGGGACAGGAUUUAUGAUUCGCGGGUUCCUCGUUAGAGCCUUCGAUCAAACCACCUGGUUUCAUCCACAUGUCUAUUGA